AUGGCGGAUCCACCUACGAAUAGCUCAAGCUCGAAGCGUACCCGCCUUCAGACUGGAGCGACCAGUCAGAAGCCGGAGGCGAAGUCGGGGAGUCGCAAAUCCGCACGUUCAUCUAUCAAAGCGCAGAGUACACCGCCCGCAUCCCUCAUUACCCUCCCCCAAGAAAUCCUUUCCCACUUCUUGUCUCUCUGCGAUCGCCCAUCCGCCGUCGUCCUCUCUCGCGUCCACUCCACCCUCACUUCCAUUUCCGACGAGCGCAUAUGGAGAGAGCUAGAUCUCUCGCUCAAUUCCCAUCAUGGCGAAUAUCCCCUCAUCCGCCCUCACGUUCGGACGGCGACUCGGCCAGAUCAUGAUUGGUCUAUCGCAAGGGCGAAGGAGGCGGAGGAGCGCCAUCGGGUCGCGCUCAAGGAGAAGAUCAGGGUGAUCAUUCUCAGGGCGGAUGCUAGGCGGUGCGGAAUGGUGGAGAGCGUCAAGAUGGUGCCGAGGGUGGGAGCGGUGAACGGGAUGCUCCAGCUGCUGGAUCUGGUAUCGGGGAGUUUGCGGCGGCUGGAAAUCGAGGCACCUGUCAAGCACGUCUUCGACUCUCACUGGAAGGCGGAGGACAACACCACACUCGACGCAAAGAUCUUAGACAGCGGUCUUUCCUUCCCUGCGCUAAAGCACAUUCGCAUCGGCGAAGGCGCAAUCCGGGUCGGUUCCGUCAUCCCCUUCCUUGCCAGCCUCUCACCCCAUCUACACUCCCUCCAUCUUCAUCUCGACCAGCCACAUCAUACGUGGGCCAGCAAUGCUCAAGCUCAUUCACCAAUGCCGCAGCUUCGCGACUUGCGCAUCUUCUGCCGAGCGUCCGGUCGGAUAGCGCCAGGCUCCAUGCAUCCCCUCAUCACUCUCCUCCGCCCCGCACCAGGAGUAGAGCGCUUGGCCAUCAGCAGCGGCACCCACUAUACGUCAGCUUUGACGGAACUCGUCGCCGCUAAUUUACAUCAGCGGCAGUCCCUCGUCGAUCUCCACUGGGACGUCCCGCUUGCCGUUGUGAUCGAUGUCAUUGACCGAGAGGGACCGGGAUUCACGUGUCUACGGACACUCUCUGCUAAGAGUCAAGAUUGGAACACAGUGGUUAUGCCCUUCCCUAGACUACCCAUGCUGGAGAAGCUCUUUUUUGACACGUCGCCACACCCGCCCGUCCAGGCGGCAUCAACCUAUGGUCGCCUACCCCAUACCUAUAGUUUGACCAAGGGGCACCUGGCAGAUCUUCGCGCGACGCCCCACCUACGAAUCCUACACACUAGUAGGCAAUUCCCGUGCGACAUAUUCGUAUUCGCCAUUUUCGAGAGUCUUUGGGGAAUUGAAGAGGCUGGUCUCAUUCACGGCUACAUCAGUAGUUAUACCCACGGCGAAGAGGACCUAUUCGCCGUCCGCCUGCUGGUGCAGGAUUCGCACAUCGAGGAUCGUCCGAAAUCCGACAAGCUGCUCUCCCUCCCAAUAGGUUUCAGCAUCUCGGAAUACAAGGAUGCCGGGGUCGAGAUGGAGCAGGUGUCUUACCGCCUGCCGCAGGCAUGCUGGAGGGAAGCCAGCGACUUCCAGGGCAAAAUCUUUCACCUAGAGAUAGUUGAGGAGAUGAGGAAAGUCGAAGGCAAGACGAGGGAGGAGUGGCAGGGCCGAGGGGUGGCUGUAGGCGAUGCAGCUUGGAAAAUCUUGACUGCGUACUCCCUGAAGGGGCGCCCUGAUGCUGAUAUGACACUCGGGCGGAGUCAGGCGUCAUGGGCCGUCAGGUCCGGAGAACGGCGGAGGGUACGGCUGAAGCAGGACGAUGAGUGGGGAAACAACUUGAUAAGCCUAGAUCUACCGAGCGGGCGGGGUCAAGGGGAUGCCGGGACGGAUGAAGGCGACAGGGAGGGGGAUGAGAGGGCCACUCUGUGCUGCACGGACAAUCGAAGGCAUCAAGAUGUCCGCUUCCAACGAACAGGCGCCAGCGAGGAGCUCACCAGUCAGGGUACCCCUCCUGAACAUACAUCGCUCACCUCCCUGCCACUCGAGCUGCUCACCGAUAUUGUCGGCUAUCUAAGCUCUUCCUCGGCCGCAGCCCUCGCCCGGACCCACCCCUCCCUGACCAAAAUCGCCGAGGUGUCGAUCUGGCGAGAAUUGCGCUUCAAUCUCCGUGACCCUUCUAUCGGUCCGCCCGCUCGUAGCGGUAGCACUGCCGCGUCCCUGCGGAAGCGACUCCGGUCCUUCAUGAUGAAUGCCGAUUCGAGGAAGCUCAGCCUCGUCCACUCGGUCAGUAUGGCGCCCGUAGCCGGGACCAUCGUUGGCCUUACCAACCUGCUCGACCUCGUAUCGCCCAACGUCCGUGAGCUCGCACCAAACGUCACUUCCUUCGAUAUCAAUCUCGCCGAAUACCUCGGCCCCCUUCCCAUCCCUCCCUUCCCAGACCAUCAGGGCAUCACCAAUAUCCAACGCCUGGUCAUCCACUUUGAGGGCGAAUAUGAUUCGGAGCGGCACCAGCCCCUCGCGGAUCUCGUUGAUAACAGCCCUCAUAUCCGCGAGCUCUACAUCAAUUUCCACGACGACGCGGAAGAUUUCGGCUCCGACUGUCUGGCGGAUUCAAUCGGCAACCUACCCAUUCUCGCCGAGCUUAGCUGGCUCGGGCAGCUCGCCCCGCUGCCCGUGUGCAAGCCCGCGUUGUCUGGGGUUCGGCGAGCAGUUUUUCGUCCGAGCGAAUACGACCACAUCGUGGUCUACCUGGACUUUUCACUGGGCAGCGCAAUAAACUCGCUUCUUCAACACGGCUUCCCCCCUCCCGCAUCUGAACUCUCCCUAGACCCCGCACUCGCUCAGUGGCUUCUCCAGUCGCCCAAUCUGCGUCACAUUCGUACAUCGGGCGAUAUCAACAGCCUCGGCGAGGUUGACAUCGGUCCCCACUUGGACGAGAUGGAGGCGUCAGGAGAUAUCACCGGGAUCGUCCGCUCGGUCAAGCACGGGGAGGAGGAGCUCCUACACGUCCGGCUGUUGUUGCAGGAUGUGGUAGUCGGAGAUCUUGGCCAACUCGCGAGGAGUUGCGUCCAUCUGAGCGCCUCACACAAGCGUAUCAUGUAUACCGCGGGGGAACAGCGCGCUUUGGGCGAGGACGAUUGCGUGGAAUGGGUGUCCAAGCCAAAGUGGCAGGCUUUCACUUACUGGAGGGGAUGGAAAGUACCGAUGGAGGUGAUUGAGAAGAUGUGGACAGUUGAGGGCAAGGAAACCGACGAGUGGGAGGGAAGGGGAGUCGCUGUUGGCGAUGAGGCGUGGGCGGUAUUGGAUGCUUGGCGGGAGGCAGUAAGGAAUGUGAUCUGUCCCGCUCCGCCAUCCCCUCUUACAGGACGCACCCUCAUCCUCGCUAUCGGUCACGCUAUCUUCCCCCUACAGGAGGGGCGGAUCAGCGGGGAUCAGUCGGCGAAGGCGCAAGAAGUUCUCAUCCAUCAAGCGAACACCCCUACCCUCAACAUUGGUCAAGAUAUGCAAAUCAUCAGAGGAUGUCAAGCGCCGGGCCGCCAUCGACUUCGAGCUCGCGGCUCUCUUGCUGCUGUCUUACGCCUCUGCGACAGCAUCGCCUGGGCCGACUUGACAUCGCUGACUGAGCGUACACCACCACACCAGCUAGUCCCCGCGCCAGUGCGACUUCUACUACAUAACCUGCGGAUGCACUAUGCGGGCGAUGCCGUGGUUCAGCUUGCUUACAUUCGUCUUGACGCGCUAUCGAAUCUCGGAGACCUCGGCGAGUCUCGGCGCUGCGGCCGAGAGCUCAUCGCGAGAAACGCUGGAAUCCUUGGCAUAGAUAACGCUAGUACCGCAAUCCGACCCGGUCCGGACUCCUCAUACCUGACCGCAUGCUACCACUUGCCAAGAUUCCAGCAGAGCCGCUGCGGGCUGGAGAUCCGGCGGCACCAGUCUGAGAUUGUGCUAAUCAUUUAUUCUUUCUCUUAUCAGCUGAUACAGAAUGGGGAUGCCAAGGCUGGAGGCAUGUGGAGCGAAAGAUGA